CUAAUCCUGUAGCCUCAGGCCUGAAUCGUGGCAUAAAAACACUCGAAUUCACAUCCCAACACUCGGCACGCCUCCAUUGCUCCCACGCCACUCUAUCAUGUGUGGGAUCUUUUUUUCCUUGUCAAGGAGGCCCACUGUACCAAAUUCGGAAACCAAGUCUCUACUGAUACAACGCGGCCCUGAUAGCAGUCAGAUGCACACAGUUCAACGGGAGGUCCCGGCACAAGAUGGAGUGUCCUCGCCAAUAACCCUGUACCUGACGUUCAUCUCGACAGUGCUAUCACUUCGAGGUGAUCAUGUAUACAAGCAGCCCCUUGUAGACUCGUCAACCCAGUCUAUGCUCUGCUGGAAUGGGGAAGCCUGGAAGAUUGCUAACGAGCGGGUCUCGGGCAAUGAUACAGAACUUGUCUUUGAUCGAUUCCUCCAAGCUAUGGCGGGCGAUGCCGACCAGGCUAUUGAGAACUUUGCGCGUGCAGUUGCAAGUAUCUCAGGUCCGUUUGCAUUUGUCUUCUACGAUGCCGUGCAUGGGCGAGUCUUCUUUUCCAGAGAUUGUCUCGGUAGGAGAUCACUCCUGCGCGGCGUGGAUGACGAUGGCAGCCUGAAAAUCUGCAGCAUAUGUGACGGAUCAUCCUCGACACAUUUCCAAGAAGUUGCGUUCGAAGGUGUCUAUAUGAUUGACCUUGAGAAAUAUCAAGAUACGUCUGUGGACUCUGCAGAGCCCUAUAAGAUUGACGUUUUGCCCUGGAGUCCGGAUUCGUCCCCCCCUGCAGGUCAUAUAAAAACCCCCAUUCCCCCUAUGAACACGUCUAGCCCAGAGGAGCAACCUCCGGCUCUAGGACUAGAGACGCCUUUCGUCAAGGAUCUCCAAUCCAAACUGCACCAGUCUCUCACCCUCAGAAUUGAAGAUGUACCCGCACCACCCAACUACAUACAAGGCGAAAGCGCCAAGAUUGCAGUCCUCUUCUCCGGCGGUCUAGACUGCACACUCCUCGCCCGCCUGGCCCACGACAUCCUCCCAAUCAACGAGCCUAUCGAUCUACUCAAUGUUGCAUUUGAAAAUCCACGCGUUGCAGCCGCAGCAGCAGCCACCUCCAAACAACAAAACUCAUCUACAUCACCUUCAACAGAACCAACUUCUUUUUAUGAAGCAUGUCCGGACCGAAUCACCGGCCGCUCAGCACACGCCGAACUGCGAGGGAUCUGUCCAGGCCGGGUAUGGCGCUUUGUCGCCAUCGACAUACCUUACAGCGAAACCCUGGCACAUCGUGACUCUGUCAAGCGGCUCAUGAGGCCGCACAACACGGAGAUGGAUCUCUCCAUCGCCUGCGCGUUGUACUUUGCCUCGCGUGGCCAAGGCACUGUCUCCGAACCCACCCCAUCUCCAUACACCACCACCGCUCGCGUUCUUCUCUCUGGUCUCGGUGCAGACGAGCUCUUCGCCGGGUACGGCCGUCACGGGGUAGCUUUCUCGCGCGGCGGCUUCCCAGGGCUUAUCGCCGAAAUCCAGUUAGAUGUGAGCCGACUCGGACAGCGCAACCUCGGCCGCGAUGACCGCGUUCUCUCGCACUGGGGACGAGAAACCCGGUUCCCAUACCUGGAUGAGGAAUUUGUCGCGUGGGUGCUGCAGGCACCAGUGUGGGAAAAAUGUGGGUUCGGGCUGGCUGAGCCGCAGAGCGAAGAUGAGGCUCGUCAUCUUGAGGGUAUUGAUAUGGAGAAGAUGGCACUGCGGCUUGUAGCGCUUCGACUGGGGUUGGUCUCCGUUUCAAAGGAGAAGAAGAGGGCAAUUCAGUUUGGCGCGCGGACGGCGAAGAUGGAAAAGGGGAGGACGAAGGGGACUGAUGCGUUGAGUUGAUGAUCCUUUCUGCUCCUUGUCUUUGAUGAUAUCCUGCUGCGCUGGCCAUGGCAAAGGCUUCUGAUCCUUUGUACGUGCGCCAUCCUUUUUUCUUCUUAUUCCUCUCUCCCGAGCACCAAUUCCCCCGAAAGCGAGCGUGAUCAUGACUGCUCAAGCACACAAUCCCGCAAAAUCCAGCGAUGAUGACAAAAAUAUGGAAUCAGAUACUUCUGAAACCCCAUCCCAUCCACCUUCUGAUCUCCAGAAGUCCAGCCCAGCCUCCCUCCCUCCAUACUCUUGUUCUUUCAAGGGCGCUUCUCACAUACCCACUGCCCCGCUUCCUACCCAGAGCAACCGCAGUCCCUAGACGGCGUGUAGCUCGGGAUGGGUGGCAUGGCUGCUGCGGUCCUACGUGUUGUCCUCCCGGACAAAGCCCCAAGAUCUAGAGUAUAUGGGAGGGUUGGUUGACUACGGAUGGAGGAAAGGAUGGUGUUAAUGAGGGGUAUAAAAGGCAAGUCUGAGCUGGAUACGGAGUGUGUGCCUUUGAACCAAUUCUCUAGAUAGGUUUCAUCCAGAAUCUAAUAAGAUUUCAUCGAAAGUCAAAUCAGACUUCACAAAAUGUCUAAUUAGGAUAGCAUGAUCCAUG